AUGGCAACGGCCUGCCGCGGCGGUUCCACCUUCCUGCUGCUGGGGGGUUCAGGCGCUGGAAAGACUCUGCUGGUCAAGCGGCUGCAGAAUAUCCCCUCAUCCCUUUCCUGCCAUUUUCCUUAUCAAACUCUUUAACAGCUGAGCUCCAGGGAUGGCGCCAAGGAUCUUGGAGAGCCACCCCCCACACUGCCUACGGUGGGCACAAACCUUACUGAUCUUGUGAUAGGAAAGAGGAUCACAGUUCGGGAACUGGGCGGAUGCAUGGGGCCCAUAUGGUCCAGCUACUACAGCGACUGUUGCUGUGUUUUGUAUGUGAUUGAUGCUGCCAAGCCCACUCAGAUUUCCUCUUCCUGCGUUCAGCUCCUGUCGCUCCUCUCUGCUGAAGAGCUAACAUCAGUCCCUGUCCUCAUCAUUUUCAACAAGAUCGACCUACCCUGCUACAUGUCCCUGGCGGAGAUGAAGUCAUUGUUCCGAAUCCAGGACAUUGUUUCCUGUGCAAAGCAGCCCAUCACCAUCAUGGAGACGAGUGCGCGUGAUGGCACUGGCUUGCCUAAAGUGAUGCAGUGGUUUCGUUCUGUCCUGCAUGAUUUCAGAUGACCCUCUCGCCUCUGGUGCCUUGUAUAGACCACAAACAGAGGAAAGAACCUGGACCACAGCAUUAGCUUUGUAUCAG